AUGGCCUGGAAAAAAACACUGAUAACUAUUGGGUGUUUGUUCACACAGGUGGGCGUGCUCGACACCAAAAUAUGUUGGCAGGGUUGUUUCUCUCAGCACAGUAACAAAGACAUGGGAAACACUCAGGUCCAGCCUCCAGAGAGAGCCUUCUGUGACCUGGACCCAUAUCAGGGUUUACCGCUGGUGCAGCUCACAGUGAUGCCGUCCUUCUUCCUGGUGGUGCUGGUCCUCGGGCUGCCCCUCAACCUGCUCUCCCUCUGGAUCUUCUUCCACCGCCUGCGCCGCUGGACCCGCAGCACCGUGUUCCUCUUCAACCUGACCCUGGCCGACACCUCGUGGCUGCUGGCCCUGCCCCUCCUCGUCCACUACCACGUGGACCGGCUGCGCUGGAGGCUGGGGCUGCCGCUGUGCGUGGCCGUGAGGAUGCUCUACCACAACUACUUCUACCUCAGCAUCUUCUUCGUCACCUGCGUCAGCGUGGACCGGUACCUGGCCAUCGUGCACCCGCUGCGCUCUCUGGUGCUGCUGGGCCGGCGGAAGACGUGCCUGCUGUGCGUGGCGGUGUGGGCGGCCACUCUGCUCCUCAGCGUGCCGGUGGCCAGCAUGACCCUCAUCCAGACGUGCCCCGAGACCAACCGCACCGUGUGCACCAUGUACAUCCUGCUGACUGACACCGGGGAGAGCUUACCGUAUUCCCUGGUUUGCUCCAUCCUCUGCUUCCUCUUCCCGCUGCUCCUCAUCUGUUACUGCGGCCUGAGAAGCGUCCGGGAGCUGCGGCGGAGGCCCAGCCGAACCGACCCGCACAACAGGCAGCGGCGGCGGCUGCGGCGCGUCCUGAGCGCGGCGCUGGUCCUCUUCGCCCUCUUCUACCUGCCCUACCACCUGAGCCGCAACGCCGCCGUCGUGAUGAGGGCGGUCUACCCCGACAACCCAGCCUCCUGGUGGGCCUCGGACCUGGCCUUCACCCUGGAGAUGUGCUUCUGCAGCCUCAUCACCUGCAUCAACCCGCUGUUCAGCUGCUUCAUAGGCCGCCAGUUCAGGGGAGAGUUCCAGGGCUCUCUGACGGUGGUGUUCUCCCAGUGUCCGGGCAUGCAGGUGGCCUCUGUGAUAUCCAAGAGGGCCCGGAGGACAGUGAGGAGGAGGCAGGGGGUGUCUGCUGUCACACCCGAGUGCGCACUGCCACCACCUGAACUAUAAAAUAUCUCGAAGAACUAUAAAAAAAAAAAAAAACUUUGUAUAUUUGAUUACUGAUAGCAGAUUUAUACAGUAAAGGCCCCAGACAUAGGAAUUCCCUUUGUUUGAGACCAUGUGGCCACAAAUAAGUUUGUUGCAAAUGCAUUGUGCAAAUAGUUUGAAAGUAGGGCUGGAAGAUAUGGUCCAAAAUUACAGCAAGAUAACAAAAUUACAUAUCAUUUGACAUCAAUCAUGAUAAAUGUCAUAUUGUUUCUUUUUAGUUUGAAGGAUUAAAGAUAAAGAAGUUUAAAAACUGAUUUUUGCUCCAGAGCAGAGAAUGACAAACAAAACCUUUUGUAAAUGUGAGGUAUAUGUGUUAUACCUCCUCAUUGUACUUACACAAUGCAUAAGCAUUAAAUUGAUAUACUGAAGCUUUGUUUUACUGCUAUUGAUAUAUAUUUUACGAUAAUUAUUGAUAAUUUUAUUGUCUAGCCCUAUUUAACAUAAUUAAUUUCGUAUAUGUAUUAGAGCUAUUUAUGAUAGAUACAUGUUUUUAAAUUGUUACUAGUUCCUUAUAGCCCCUAACGUUUGGUGGUGAUUAUAAUCAAUCAUAUACCUACCUACAGUGAAUGUUCAUUCAUUCAUGAAGACUCCAGAUGCUUGUUGACAGUAAUGGCUGUAUACAUUUUGUAAUGUAAGCAAAUGUAUGCACAUUAUAUUCAUCAUUGCUGAUGGUACACAUGGUAAUGUGCUGGUUUAUGUUUGUUUAUUAUACAGAUAAAUAAUCCAUCAUCCAUCCAUCAUGUCCUCAACAAAUGGU